AUGUCAUACUAUCAAUGUGAGGCAUGGCAGAUUGAGGGUGAAGACGAUGGUGAACAUGAUCCGUCACUCUGUCCCGUGUUCUUGAUCGAAAUCUUUGCUAACAUCGUUUGCCAUAACACGACCACCGUUCAACGGCUGUUCCUGCCACAGGACGAGUUAACACAGGCCGGCACAUCGUGGUCCGCUAUAUGUAGCAAGCUUUCGCAGAUGGGUGUACCUUUUAGCCUUCAUGCCACGGUGAUGCAUAAGAUCAUCGAAUGUGCACGUUCGGCUAUGACCGAAACGCGUAACAAGAAACGCAAGAACAUACCAAUCAUCGUCACUCUCGGUCCGGAAAGAUGGGCAUCGGAGGAGGACGAGGAAGCGAGGGGUGCAAGCAUGGGAGCCAUUGGAUCAUUGAAGGAUGUUGAAGUUGAUGGCAACAUGCAGUGUGCUAUUUGUUUGGAAGAGAUAUCGGAUGGGUUUGAAGCUAAUCAAAUGCCUUGCUCCCAUGUAUAUCAUCAACUCUGCAUCUUAAGCUGGUUGGAGAAGAGUAAUCUCUGUCCGCUUUGUCGAUUCCAGAUGCCUACCUGA